CUGUCCAGCUGAGCUGCCUCACAAAAGCCAUUUUGUUGUGCUAGCAAGCUAAAUGGUAAAUAAGCGGCAACACGAGUCAAUUAUAUAAAAAAACGCCAAACUAUGUAGCUUUGGUGUGUCGGUCUGGUUUGGAAUGACACCUCGGUUGAGCUGUUAACCGCCUGUAAGAGCCGCUGACAUGGAGCUGCAGCACGGAGGCUAAGUGUUAUGAAAAGUGACCGCUGCAGGUUUUAGGUAACGCUGUUAGCACAGCUGCAUGUUUACUAGUCAUGUUUAAUGUUCAACUAACCCCUCUGUGACUGCUGCUCCACACUACUUCUGUUUCAAAUAGACUGAGCUCCUGCACUGUCAACCACAUACGCGACAGAGACUUGUUUUGCUGACAGGGGAAUCACUGGCUGUCAGGAACAACCCGGCAGUAAUUUACAAAACACUUGAACCAUACAGCGUUAAGCCAAAGUACUAAUCUGAUAAUGGCAGAGGACACCCGACAGAGCAAGAGGGCCAGCUUCUCCACCCUAACAGACCAUGGCACCAACGGGAUGUCCAGGACCUCUGUGGGAUCAGGCAAGACAGGCGCCUCUAAGAAACUGGUGAUCAAAAACUUUAAAGACAAACCAAAACUAGCAGAAAACUAUACAGAGGACACGUGGCUGAAGCUUCGAGAUGCGGUGGGUGCCAUCCAGAACAGCACCUCUAUCAAGUACAAUCUGGAGGAGCUCUAUCAGGCAGUGGAGAACCUGUGUUCAUACAAAGUCUCACCUACACUCUACAAGCAACUACGUCAAGUUUGUGAGGAUCACGUGAAGGCCCAGAUCCACCAGUUUAAAGAAGAGUCUUUGGACAACCUUUCCUUUCUGAAACGAAUGAAUCGCUGCUGGCAGGACCACUGCAGGCAAACUAUAAUGAUCCGCAGUAUCUUUCUCUUCCUUGAUCGUACCUAUGUGCUUCAGAACUCUCUACUCCCCUCCAUCUGGGACACUGGGUUGGAACUGUUUCGCACUCACAUCGUGAGCGACAGUGCGGUUCAGAAGCGAACAGUAGAAGGCCUUUUGGAACAGAUAGAACUGGAGCGAAACGGAGAGACUAUCGACCGGAGUCUGCUGCGGAGUCUGCUGGGCAUGCUGUCAGACCUGCAGGUUUACAAAGACUCAUUUGAGGAUAGAUUUUUGUCUGAGACCAAUCGCCUCUAUGCAGCUGAGGGACAGCGGCUGAUGCAGGAAAGAGAUGUACCCGAGUACCUGCAUCACGUGGCUCGCCGUUUAGAAGAGGAGAAUGAUCGAAUUGUGAGCUACCUCGACCAGAGCACUCAGAAACCUCUUAUUAGCUGUGUUGAGAAACAACUUCUAGGAGAGCACAUGACUGCAAUAUUACAAAAAGGUCUUAGCAUUCUGCUGGAUGAGAAUCGUGUUACUGAGCUGGGUCUGCUCUACCAGCUCUUCAGUAAGGUGAAAGGAGGACUUCCGACAUUACUGCAAUUCUGGAGGGAAUACAUCAAGUCAUUUGGUGGAGAGAUUGUAUGUACACCAGAGAAAGACAAGGACAUGGUUCAGGAACUGCUGGACUUCAAGGACAAGAUGGACAAUGUGGCACAGAGCUGUUUUGCACGGAAUGAGGCUUUCAUCAACGCCAUGAAGGAAGCCUUUGAAACCUUUAUCAACAAGAGACCUAACAAGCCCGCUGAGCUCAUCGCUAAAUAUGUGGAUUCUAAACUACGAGCUGGGAACAAGGAGGCGACAGAGGAGGAGCUGGAGAGAAUCUUGGACAAGAUAAUGAUUAUCUUCCGCUUCAUACAUGGCAAAGAUGUGUUUGAAGCUUUUUAUAAGAAAGACUUGGCCAAGCGUUUGCUGGUGGGUAAGAGUGCCUCUGUUGAUGCUGAGAAGUCCAUGCUCUCAAAACUCAAACAUGAAUGUGGAGCAGCAUUUACCAGUAAGCUUGAGGGGAUGUUUAAGGAUAUGGAGCUGUCUAAAGACAUUAUGAUCCAGUUCAAACAGUAUAUACAGAAUCAAAGUGAUCCAAGCAACAUAGAGCUCACUGUCAACAUCCUCACCAUGGGCUACUGGCCUUCAUACACACCUAUGGAAGUCCACCUGCCCUCAGAGAUGGUCAAACUCCAGGAGGUUUUCAAGCUGUUCUACCUGGGUAAGCACAGUGGCAGAAAGCUGCAGUGGCAGCCCACACUGGGCCAUGCUGUACUAAAGGCAGAGUUUAAAGAGGGAAAGAAGGAGCUGCAGGUCUCGCUGUUCCAGACACUGGUUUUACUCAUGUUUAAUGAAGGAGAGGAAUUCAGCAUUGAGGAGAUCCGUGCUGCCACCGGCAUAGAGGAGGGAGAGCUCAAAAGAACACUGCAGUCGCUGGCUUGUGGAAAAGCACGUGUCCUCAACAAGAACCCUCGAGGAAAAGAUGUGGAAGAUGGAGAUCGUUUCAAUUUCAACAAUGACUUUAAACACAAACUGUUUCGCAUUAAGAUCAACCAGAUUCAGAUGAAGGAGACGGUGGAGGAGCAGGUAAGCACCACAGAGCGAGUGUUUCAAGACAGGCAGUAUCAGAUUGAUGCAGCUGUAGUGCGCAUCAUGAAGAUGAGAAAGACCCUCAGCCACAACCUACUAGUAUCAGAGCUCUACAACCAGCUUAAAUUCCCUGUCAAGCCGGGGGAUCUAAAGAAGCGGAUUGAGUCACUCAUAGACAGAGACUACAUGGAACGUGACAAGGAGACUCCUAACCAGUAUCACUAUGUUGCCUGAAGGAGCGCUGCUGUCACCACUGUGCUUUUCUCACAGCAAGCAUACAGCUGAGGGCACAACACAGGACUACAGCCCCUCAGCCUCUCCUCUGGCGCCCAUCUUCCCUCCCUUCCCACAAUCCUGGACGCAAUGUCCACAAGACGCAGAGCUCCAGAGAGACAAGAGAGACUUGGUUGUGCUGGUCCUGUUCUGCAACAUCUUUAGUGGGACUCUGGGAUUGGGCUGGAGGAGUGGCCCGGGUUGUUGAUGAUUGGCUUAUCACUCACAAAUCUGCUAAUGCAAAACUCUACUGAAAAUAACUAGCACUUUCUGUGUCUUUGUUUUGUUUUCUUGGAAAUGGGUUUCUUUCCUCCAUCCCAUCAAUCUAUAUCGCUUAUUUUCUUUCAUAGCAGUUUGUCUCAAGUUUUAAGACUUCUUUUGUGUGUUAUUUUAUUUUAGUUUUUUUUUUUUGUUUGUUUGAGGCAGUCUUCCUUUGAAUGACUGCAUAAACUGCUGAGUCCAAGCUUGGCAGGAUUGUUUGCUUGAUUAGGUAAAGAAGGAGCUUUUGAGAACAAGAGGAAAGAGAAGAGGCUUGAGAUGAGUAAAGUGGGCUGGAGGAGUUAGUUUCACUAUGUGUAACACAAUUGCUAAAUGACAUGCAGGCCAGCCAAUCAGGUAUUACUUUUGGUAUCUCUUGUAUGUUUUGACCAAAAUGUCCAAUUUCACGUGGUGAUGUUUUUGUAGAUGAGAUUGUAUUCUAUGUAAGAGUGCGAAAAGUGAACCUGAAUAAAUGGAUAUUUAAUGAUUUGAUUAACAAUUUA